AUGUUACUCGGAGGGCUUCAGGCCGCGCACGGGGGCGCGCAGCUGGACUUGGACGCCGCGAUGCUGCAGAGUCCGCUCACCUCCACGCUGCAGAGUCCGCUUACCUCCACGCCGUUCUCCGUCACGGACAUCCUGAAGGUGGAGCAGCAGCAGCAGCACGCGCACUACCGCGGCCCGCCGUCCUCCUGCAUGCUGGCCCGGGACAGUCCGCCGUCCUUCUCGGACAACGACGACCAGCCCAUGGUCUACCUGGGGGCGCUGGCCGAGGGCGAGGACGAGGACGAGGACCGCGGGGGGGACAGCGGCUUGUCCGCGCACGGAGGCGGGCUGCAGGCGGCCAAGAUGGAGAGCCCCGACGGGGACGCGCAGGAGCGGAGCCUGUGCGUGUUGGCGGCGGGAGACCCUCCGCCUCCGCCUCCGCCUCCGCGGGCCGCGCAGAAGCCGCGCAGUCGGCGGCGGCCCCGCGUGCUCUUCGCGCAGGCGCAGGUGUCGGAGCUGGAGCGCCGCUUCAAGCAGCAGCGCUACCUGUCCGCGCCCGAGAGGGAGCACCUGGCCUCGGCGCUGCAGCUCACGUCCAACCAGGUGAAGAUCUGGUUCCAGAACCGCCGCUACAAGUGCAAGCGGCAGCGGCAGGACCGAGGCCUGCAGGACGCGGCGGCGGGGCCGCGCCACAGCCAGCCCAGGCGCGUGGCCGUGCCGGUGCUGGUCCGGGACGGGAAGCCGUGCGUCGGCGGCGGCGCGGCGCAGGGCUACGCCGCCACCGCCGCGGCGGCAGCGCCUUACGCGGGCUACGGCUACGGCGGCUACCCGGCCUACACGUACGGUAGCCCCGCCUACCAGAACACCUACACCUGCACGUACGGCGGCCUGCCCCCGCUGGACCCCUCCACCGACUCUCAGCAGGUCGGCCCGAUGACGUCAUGCCAGGGGAUCCGGGCCUGGUGA